AUGUUGGGCUGCAGACACUUCUUCGCAUCGACGCGACUGCUGUCUCACUCAUACCGCAACCAGGCGCUCGGACAUUCACAGUUCUUCGCCAUCGAAAGCAGCAGAAGCAUCCAUAUUCUUUCAUCCACCAUGGUUCGACGAAGUGCACGCGCUUCAGCAUCGAGUGCCAUCAGCUAUGCCGAGCCAGACCUCGAUGCCCCCACGGUUGAUGUCGCUGAGCUAGCUCCUCCUCCUAAACGCUCUCGAAAAGCAGUCAAGCAGCCAUCCGCCAGACCAGCUGUACCUGAUCCGACGGGCGACGCUACCACGAGGGUAAUAUCGCGCAAAGUUGCUCAAAAGAUCGUCAAGCAAGCGGCAUCACCCCCACCCACUCCACCGCGGAGCGAGUCAUCCGAUUUAUCCUCUGCAAGCGAAGACACCAAGCCUGUCAAGAAGAAGCGUGCCAAAGCGGCCAAGAAGGAAAAGGUCGAAACGCCAACCCACUUUGAGACGCGCGUCAACGUACACGGUGAGGAGUACCAGAUCGAGCUCGAUGAAGAUGGUGAUCCUGUCCGACGAGACAAGAAUGGACGUCGACUCGCGAAACGAAAGAAGAAGGACAUCGUCUACGAGAUUCCAGACGUACCCGAGCGUGAUUUCCGCCUGGAAGGCCCUCCCGAGAAGCGACAAGAGCGCAGUGGCGGUUUCAAAGGUGAGCUGGGCUACGCCUGUCUCAACACGGUCCUUCGAUGGCAAGAUCCAGCUGUCUUCUCAAGCCGCACCGCCCGCAUCAAGACUAUGGACGAGCAAGGUCCAGAGUACAUCAAAGAGCUUGGUCGUCUGAACUGCAGGGAUAUGAUCCCUAUGAUCCUUUGGAACGAAGAGAACAAUAUCAAGUUCAUGCGACUCUCCUCCGAGGUCUUUCCCUUUGCUUCGCACGAAAAGUACGGAUACUCGAUCAAAUAUGCUGAAAAGGAACUGCGCGCCGCUGGCGAUCUCGCUAACAAGCUCGGACAUCGUCUCACUAUGCACCCAGGUCAAUUCACCCAGCUCGGCAGCAACCGUCCAGAGGUGAUCGAAUCAAGCAUUCGCGAUCUGACGUCGCACUGUGAGAUGCUCGACCUUAUGGGUAUGGGCAAGGAUAGCGUCAUGAUCAUCCACGGUGGAGGCACUUUUGGCGAUCGACAGGCAACACUGGACCGAAUGCGCGAGACUUACACCACUCGCCUCUCUCAAAACAUCAAGGAUCGGCUAGUGCUCGAGAAUGACGAAAUGUCGUGGAGCGCAGAAGAGCUGCUCCCGCUCUGCAAAGAGCUUGAUAUCCCAAUGGUGUUCGACUUCCAUCACGACUUGCUUCGUCCUUCAGCGAGACCUCCCUCCGAACUCUUGCCCGAAAUUCAAGCCAUCUGGCACAAGAAGGGCAUCCGACCCAAGUAUCAUCUCUCCGAGCCGCGACCGGGUUCCUCGAAUCUGCGAGAGCGCCGAGCUCAUUCGGAUCGCUGUGGCUUCCUUCCGCCCGACCUGCCUGCUGAUGCGCAUCUCAUGAUCGAAGCAAAGGACAAAGAGCAAGCCGUACUCGAGCUCUACCGAAUCUACAACCUGCGUCCGGUCAAGCACGAAUCUCUUCGACCGCCUGCCAAAGACAUCGGUGUCAAGACCUCGGGUCGCAAGAGCAAGCUCGGCGGCGAGCGUCUUCCGCGCGAGCCUCGGAAGGGCAAGAAUAAGCAAGAUGCAGAGGAAGAUGAGGAGGUCGACGAAUCGCAACCAGCAUCGCCUGUCAAACUCAAUCCCAAGAGUUUGUCGAUCGCGGAGCGCGCUAUUGCCAAGUCAAAGGAAAUGGCAAAGCGUCUCGGCAAGGUGUACACUGGUCCAGGCGCUGAUGUGGGGGAAGACGAGGGUAUAGAGCUGGCGCCACCCGAGCCGAAGUUUGGUGAAGAGGGCUAUGUCAAGACGAGCGAGGAGGUUCUGCGCGAUAUGCUCAUGGAAGCCGACUGGGUCCGUGCAGAGCUACAGGCUGGCAGGGAGCGUCGACCGUUUGGCACCGAGCCAGGCGCAGCUGCAGACGAAGAUGCUGACGAUGCAGACAAUGUCGACGAAGACGGUGUCGCUGCGGACGAUGGGGAUGUCAAGCCCAAGAAGAGUGGAAAGAAGGCGGUAAAGCCCAAAGUGGAGGCGAAGGCCCCAGCAUUGACUGCUCCGCAGAAGAAGCGUGCGAAAGCGGCGAUGGUCGACAAUGGUCAGAAGGUGGUGCUCGCUCAGGGUGCACCACCGCAGGAGUUGAUUGCUGACCACGAGACAAUCCCGGUACAGGCGGCUGGUGGCAAGAGGCGGAGGAAGAAGAGUGAUAUGUAG